AUGGGCCAUCCGGUCAUUGACGGCCUGCUCCUGGCGCAAACCGUUCCGCCGGCCGUUUUGUUGACGGCCUCAGCCUUCGCGACCGCUUCGCGCUUCAUCUUCACCACAUCGCGUAAUCGGGCGUUCACUUCAUCUAGCUCGGCCACGGUGACUUCGCCACCGCCGUCGCUGACCCGCCCCAAACUGUCCGCGAACAGCCACAGCUCGGCCGCCGCCUGGUCCGACGCUGUGGCCGCGCGAUUGUUGUUGGCCUCGAGGGCGUGCCGCGUCUCGGCCACCGCGUCCCGCGAGACCUGGGCCACGGCGUCGGCGAGACGCGCGCGCCGUUCGACCUUGGCCCGCAACAGCCGCACGAACGACUCGUCCCGGACGACCGCCGACUGA